AACAUUAGGGAAUAACGUCUUCAAUAACUCUGAACCCUCCAAAUUUCGCUUCCCUGCUUCUGCGAUACUUCAUCAUCUUCUCCAGAGUUGUGAACCCUUCAGCGCUUCGCACCGAACCCUUAUUUUCGCGCUGCGUAGAUAUCGAGGUCAGGCCGCCGCACUCUCGGUUUCGGCAUCGGAGCGGCCUCCGAAAGACUAUGUUGGGGCCCGAUUGCGCUGAUAUUCGAAUAUUAUAGUUUUCUGAUGGAUCAUUACGGAAAGGAUGAAUUUUAAUCAUAUUCUUAUUGGAACCUUAUAUGUGUUUUCCAUGAAAAAUAGAUGAUUAUUUGGUGAAAUUUUCUGUCAAGAUGCUUUAUACGUCUGAAUAUUUGGGAAAUGGAGGAGAUACCAAGUGAUUCAGGAAACUCCGUGUCAGGGACUUCCAAUGCUAAUUGUUUCCAAUCAGAUUUUGUGGAAAGAUUUCAUGCAGUGUCAUUAGUUUCGCAUGAAGAAAAUUUGAAUUCCAGACAGCCUGCUUACAAUGAAGAUAAAGUUGAAAUCUUAUCACUGGUUGCAUCACAAACUUUGUGGUCCACAGGAAGUUUGUCUGGGCCGAUUCCUAACGGUUUUUACUCCAUCAUCCCAGAUAAAAAGCUUAAGGAUCUUUUUGAUGCCAUUCCCUCCCCGGAUGACCUUCAUGCACUGGGUGCUGACGGGCUUAAAGCUGAUAUUAUUCUUGUUGACACAGAGAAAGAUAAGAAGCUUUCCAUGUUGAAGCAGUUGAGUGCGGCACUUGUAAAAGGUUUAAACAACAAUCCUGCUUUACUGAUAAAGAAGAUAGCUGGUUUAGUUUUUGACUUCUACAAACGUCCAAACCCUGAGCUAAGUCCUGCAAAAGCUGCCGUGGAAGAUGUCUGCCAUUUGAUGGAAAAUAAAGGCAUCCAACUUCUGGGGCAGAUAAGACACGGAUCAUGCAGACCCCGUGCUAUUCUAUUUAAAGUUCUUGCAGAUUCUGUUGGCCUUGAAAGCAAGCUUAUGGUGGGCCUUCCCCCGGAUGGUGGUGUUGAAUGUGCAGACUCAUAUAAGCACAUAUCGGUGGUGGUUAUGUUAAACUCUGUGGAACUGUUAGUUGAUCUUAUGCGCUUUCCUGGACAGUUGAUUCCAUUUUCAACGAAGGCUAUUUUUAUAUCCCACGUUCCUGCCACAGGGGAGAGUGACUCUGCUGAAAAUGACUCUUGCGAUUCUCCCCUUGAACCAAAUAGUCCCUUGUGUGCGUUUUCUGAUAGAAUGGAAGGUGAAGGCCAUCCAGAACAAGAUGAAAUACUCCAAGCUAUCUAUCAACGAAGAGCAGAGUUAUCAUCUAAUCCAUCAGGACCACCUCUGCGUAAUAUCAUGCUGAGAUCAACAACUUUUACCGAGGGAAAGUUGAGUGCAUCUCACAGUGAACCUAAUAUUGCAAAUGCUUUUUGGAGAAGCUCUCGAAGGAAAGCUGUUGCUGAACAACAACGCACAUCAAGUUCAAGUCCCGAGCAUCCACUUUCCAAAGCACGUGUUCGAUCCAUGCUUGGUGGUGAUAGGCAAUCAUUUACAGAAUAUGGUGCUGCUGGAUCAAGGUCUGAUGGCUCUUCAAAAUCUGAAGUUCGUAGGAUACGAAGGAGAAGCAUAAGCAUUACACCUGAGAUUGGCGAUGAUAUUGUCAGAGCUGUUCGUGCUAUGAACGAAACAUUGAAGCAAAAUCGUCUAUUGAGGGAUCAUGGUGAUGAUCGCUUGGUUUCAUGCUCUGGAAAUAAGAACACAAGUGACCCAACAAAGCAUGAUGGAUCUGGAAGCAUUUCUACUGAAUUUAGUGGAAGUUUAAGGAAGCAGACAAAUUCCGCCCAAAAAGCAGUAUCAUUACCAUCAUCGCCUCAUGAGGGAGGACAGAACUCUGAAAGAAGUGGUCCUUCUCAUUUUUUGAGAACAGAAGAUUUUGAAUCAACAUGGAACAAUGUUCUUCAGACCCAUUUUCUGAAUAAACCUUUGCUACCUUUCGAAGAAUGGAAUAUUGACUUCUCAGAGUUGACUGUCGGUACUCGUGUUGGUAUAGGGUUCUUUGGAGAAGUUUUCCGUGGCAUGUGGAAUGGCACUGAUGUGGCCAUCAAAGUUUUUCUAGAACAAGAUCUGACAGCUGAAAACAUGGAAGACUUCUGCAAUGAGAUCUCAAUUCUCAGCCGACUCAGGCAUCCAAAUGUUAUAUUGUUUAUGGGCGCAUGCAUGAAACCUCCUUAUUUGUCGAUGGUUACCGAAUACAUGGAGAUGGGCUCUUUGUAUUAUCUAAUACACAUGAGUGGCCAGAAAAAGAAACUGAGUUGGCGUCGAAGAUUGAAAAUGAUUCGUGACAUAUGCAGGGGGUUGUUGUGCAUUCACCGUAUGAAAAUAGUUCAUCGCGAUCUAAAAAGUGCAAAUUGCUUAGUGAAUAAGCACUGGACUGUAAAGAUAUGUGAUUUUGGCCUUUCACGAUUGAUGAAGGAUGUUCCUAUGAAGGACGAAACUUCUGCGGGCACUCCAGAAUGGAUGGCUCCUGAACUCAUCCGCAACGAGCCAAUCACCGAAAAAUGUGACAUCUUCAGCCUUGGAGUCAUAAUGUGGGAGCUAUUCACACUCAGUAGGCCCUGGGAAGGUGUACCAGCAGUUCAAGUGGUAUAUGCCGUUGCCAACGAAGGAUCAAGAUUAGAGAUACCCGAGGGUCCCCUUGGCAAACUUAUCGCAGAUUGUUGGGCAGAACCCAAUGAGCGGCCUAGCUGCCAGGAGAUCUUUACAAGGCUGCUUGACUGUGAGUAUACCCUGUGUUAAUUUCAUCACCUCUUGCCUACAUGUAUAGCAAUGUAGAGCGAUUGAACUUUGUUCAAUGUGUCUGUAAAUUUUUCCAAUUUUCCCUUCUCUUUUUUGGAGUGAUAUCUUUGUACUUAUAUUUAUAGUUUCCCACAACCUAAAAUUAUGAGAUUGCUUGAUCCUGCGGCGCAUGAAAUAAGACAAUUUACUUGGUCUGGAAGUUUUGCUUGUUCUUAUAUAUAACCACCGAGGACACUGUUUUUUUUUGGAGGUUUGUUGAAUUGUUUAUUAGUUGAACUAGCCCUCCAAUCUUUAUUGUAAAAUAUUUGAUUUCUUC